AUGAAAGUUAUCAUCAUCGGCGGUGGCCUCAGCGGCCUUAGCUCAGCCCUCGCUCUACGCAAGUACAUCACAAACCAUCCUCUUGAGAUCAAAGUCUACGACAAGCCCGAUCACGCAGAGUCCUCGCAACGUCGUCGGAAGCUAGGAGCUGGGCUGGGACUUCAAUCAAAUGGCUUGCGUGUCCUCGACGACUUGAACACCGGGCUCAGAGAAAAGGUCUACAAUGCUGGCUUCCCUUGCGACCAUUUCAUAUGGAAGACAUCGAGCGACUUCGCCCUGGGACGCGAAUACGUCGACGUUUUGCCUAUUUCACGCCCAUUUCUCGUUGAUUGUCUCAUGCAAUGUCUGCCUGAAGACAUGAUUGUGUACAAGACGAUAUCAAGGGUCAAAGCACGAGAUGGAGCUAGACCAGUCGUUAAUUUCGAGGACGGGAGUCCUCCAGAAGUAGCAGAUCUCGUCGUCGGCGCUGAUGGUGUAGGCAGUAUAGUCAGGAAAGAAAUGUUCGCCAACGGUGAAGCUUACGAUGCCCAGUACUCCGGGAUGUCGGCUGUUGGAGGAGUACUCGAUCUGGCCAUACCCCAGCAUCUAAUUGACGAUCCAAGCAUGAUCUUCGUCAUGGGUUCAGGCGGCAACUUCGGCUAUACUGGCUUGACACAAUCGGACAAGAACAAGUUGCUAUUUUGGUCCAUCUUCAAGACGCCUCUUCUGAAACGUGGACUUGACCACGACUAUGACCUCCUUCACGAGGAGCUUCGAGAGCGUCACCGUGGUUGGACCGACCCUCUGAUUGACAAAUGCAUUGAAAAGGCUGCUAUUGACAACGUUUAUCCCGUCUUUGUGAUGCCGGCGUUGCCGUACUGGGGCAAGAACGGAUGCGUAUUGGUAGGCGACGCUGCGCAUGCUCUGCCUCCCAGAAGCGGACAAGGUUCCAGCCAAGCUUUCGAGGAUGGACAGACGUUGGCGCUCCUGGUAGCUGGCUACUUGGAACGACAUGAUACGACGUUAGCUAUCGACAAGUCUAUCGCUAGCUUGUACAACCUACGACAUGCAAGGAUUGACACGAUCAGGACAAGGGCAUUGGCGUGGGCUGAUCCUGACAUGCCGAUGCCUCAAUGGAAAUUGUACGCGUUGUACGCGUUUAUAUUCAUUAUGGUUAGAGUCAACAACCUGACGAGCCACUUCCAAAGUAUUGACAAGUGGGAUGCAAGAGUUGAGGUCAAGAAGCACUUCUCGGGUGCGCAAUGA